AUGGCUGAUCCGUUCGCUCCGCGCUCCAUGAAGCGCAAGAACGUCAAGGGCCUUGCCCUGACACCCGCCGCUCCGCGACCGCCCCCAACGGCCGAAACCAGCCGCGCCGAAGUCGACAGCGCCCGCGAUGAUGGCAAGGACGGCCAGCUCGAAAUUGGCAUCGAAUAUAAGCUGGAUCUCCGGCCCGAGGAUCUCGAAAUCCUCAAAGAGCUCGGCUCUGGCAAUGGCGGCACGGUCAGCAAGGUUAAGCACUUGACCACUGGCACCGUGAUGGCGCGCAAGGUCAUACACGUCGAGGCCAAGAAGGAGAUGCGGAAGCGGAUCGUUCGAGAACUGCAAAUCAUGCACGGAUGCCAUUCGGACUACAUUGUCAACUUUUACGGCGCAUUUCUCAACAGCAACAACGAUGUCAUCAUGUGUAUGGAGUACAUGGACGUCGGAUCUCUCGACAGAGUUUCCCGAGUCUUUGGCCCAGUCCGUGUCGACGUCCUAGGCAAAAUUGCCGAAGCAACGCUUGGCGGCCUAACCUACCUCUACUCAAAACACCACAUCAUGCAUCGAGACAUCAAGCCAUCGAACAUCCUGGUUAACUCCCGGGGCUCGAUCAAGCUGUGCGACUUUGGCGUCUCGGGAGAACUCAUCAACUCGAUUGCCGACACCUUUGUCGGAACCUCGACCUACAUGGCCCCGGAACGCAUCCAGGGCGAGAAAUAUACCGUCAAGUCUGAUGUUUGGAGCUUCGGUCUCACCAUCAUGGAGCUCGCGAUCGGCAAGUUUCCGUUCGCGGCGAGCGAGCAGUUCUCCGACGAGGAAUGCGCACCGGCCGGUAUUCUCGACCUGCUGCAGCAGAUUGUCCACGAGCCGGCGCCAAAGCUGCCCAAGAGCGAUGCCUUCCCAAGCAUUCUGGAGGACAUGAUCCAAAAGUGUCUUUACAAGCAGCCAGAGGAGAGACCGACGCCGCAGGAGCUUUUGGACCGCGAACCGUUUGUGCAGGCAGCCAAACGGACUCCUGUCGACCUCAGGCAAUGGGCUAUUGGUCUCAUGGAGCGAGACAACCGCAAAUCUCACCUGGCGCCUCAGCUGUCGCCAGCGACCCAUGACUUGCUGCGAUCGAGCGAUUCGCCUACCUACCAGACCCAUGGCGACGAACGUACCAUCCACACACCGACGUCCGGCGAGAUCCCCAUUGGAGGCGCCGGCAUCAUCUCUCCCCGCGACCAGGUUCAGCGAAGCCGGUCACCCAACGGCUACGGUUCUGGCAGAACACCGGCGACGGCACAUCCCGGCAUGGGACCCAGGGUCGCGACGACAAACUCGAUACCCCAAACGUCCGCGUACCCCGAGAACCCGGCCCCCGCGAGCGCGAAUGCUGCGACGGCAACGUUUAGUCUGCCCGUGCGACCCGGCCCUCCUGGUGGUCCGCUGCCGCCGCCGCCGCCGCGGAAGCAGACGCCAGACGACUUCCGGAGAGAGAAUAGGAGGCAGGCAACAUUUGGUCUUCCCCCGAAUCCGAGCUACGGCCUCUAG